AUGGCCCUGGAAACCCUCUUAAAAACAAUCAAAGAGGAUAAAAACAUCAAAGGAAUGAAGAUUGCAAAACAGGAAUACAAGACAAGAGCGUAUGCCGAUGACGUCAUCUGCAUUAUCGAAGAUCCUAUCAAUAACAUACAGAAAUGGUUAGUCACACUAGAGGACUAUGAUCUCCGUUUAAAGAAUGGCACAAGUCCCUGCUCAGGGAGGGUUGAAGUCUUUCACAAUGACACAUGGGGGACCAUUUGUGAUGCUGGCUGGGAUUUACAAGAUGCCCAAGUGGUCUGCAGGCAGCUGGGCUGUGGCAAUGCCUCCAAAGCAUUGGGUGGAGCACACUAUGGCCAAGGAUCGGGCCCCAUUUGGCUGGAGAGCAUCAACUGUACAGGAGAAGAAACAUUCCUGAAGGAGUGCCAGAAGGGAGGCUGGGGAGAGCACAGUUGCAGCCACAGCCAGGAUGCCAGCGUGGAGUGUUCAGAAACCAGAUUGGUGGGUGGUCCAAACCGUUGUUCUGGGAGAGUCGAAGUGCUCCGCAACUGGGUCUGGGGAACAGUGUGUGAUGAUGGAUGGGACCUGAGAGAUGCUCAAGUCGUGUGCAGAGAACUCGGCUGCGGAGGAGCUGUGUCAGCCCCUGAAGAAGCCCACUUUGGAAAAGGAAAAGAUCCCAUCUGGAUAAAUGAAGUACAAUGCAAUGGGACAGAGGAUGCCCUCCGCAAGUGCAUUUACAAAAUGCAUACAUUAUACGAGUGUCGUCAUGAAGAAGAUGCUGGUGUUGUGUGCUCAGAUCUCCGUUUGAUGAACGGCACAAGUCCCUGCUCAGGGAGGGUUGAAGUCUUUCACAAUGACACGUGGGGGACCAUUUGUGAUGCUGGCUGGGAUUUACAAGAUGCCCAAGUGGUCUGCAGGCAGCUGGGCUGUGGAGAUGCCCCCAAAGCAUUAGGUGGAGCACACUAUGGCCAAGGAUCGGGCCCCGUUUGGCUGGAGAGCGUCAACUGUACAGGAGAAGAAGCAUCCCUGAAGGAGUGCCAGAAGGGAGGCUGGGGAGCGCACAGUUGCAGCCACAACCAGGAUGCCAGCGUGGAGUGUUCAGAAAUGAAAGACAAAAAUAAGAUGUACCCGGCCUCAAAGGCCACGACAAGCCCAUAG